GUGGUGAUUAAUCCUCGGCAUCUUCCUUCCAAUAUAUGGACGGGAGCUUUUGGCAUCGUUUUUGUCUUUUCUUUGGAUGAAUGCAGUACCUGAUGUGUUGUGUGAACGCCAUGGCUUCCACAUUCUUAGGAGUUGUUGGUAUCAUGCAUUCUCAUGACAGAACAUAAAGACUCCUGAAUGCCCAUUCCAUUCCCUCCUCCAAGAGAAGCUCAAUUGCCUCCAUCAUUUCGCCAUCGAUCUCGAAUUCAAUCCUCACAGAAUAUGAAGGUCUCUACAUUCACGCUUCUGCUCGGCUCUACUGCCCUUGCUUCGGCUAGAACAAUCACUGUUACGGAACAUGGUCCUUUGACAAUUCAGCAAGCGAUCGACUAUGCACACCCUGGAGACAGGGUUGUUGUCGAGAAGGGUCAAUACUACGAGCAAUUGACUAUCUCGAAAGGUUUGUCGCUCGUUGGUCGUGAAGCUACUCUUCUGCCUCCAAAUGCUCCAGUAAACAACACUUGCUCCGGAUUAGCUGGCCCGGCAGUCAACCCCGAUCCUGACAACAUUCCCGAUGUUCCCAGUCAAGCAGGAAUAUGUGUCACAGGCACUGGCGUACACUUAGGUGACUUCCCUGGGUCAGAACACCGCAAAUUCAGCUCCGUGGACAGCAGUGUUAAGGGAGUAACCGUCACUGGCUUCACGGUAAAGGACUUCUCUGGAAUUGGUAUCGCCGUAGUCGGUGCGCGCGACACUGUCAUUUCGGGCAACACGGUCAUAGAUCACAACUUCUAUGGGCUGCUUGCAGUCGGUUCAGCAGAUACCGAAUUCAAGAAAAACGGUGUAGUCUCCACACCACUGCCCAACCCGUUCAUCCGGGUCAUCGGUAUUUGCAUGGACGACAAACACGACGCCAGUGUUCACGACAACGACAUCGAUGGGUAUUGGCUUGGACUGUGCGUGCAAACGAGCGGCAUGAACGUAUACAACAACAAAGUUCACAACACGUGCAUUGGCACCUAUGUCGAUCCCGAUAUCAAGGGCGUCAGAGUUCACGACAACGUGAUCGAGCAUGUUGGACCCAACUGCAAGGAUAAUCCUAUCUUUGGCAAUGCUCCUGGAUACCAAUUCAGCUUUGGGAUUGGCCUUUUCGGAGCCAAGAACACGUUGGUGAAGAAUAAUGUCAUCAAUGACAUGCAUCGAUAUGGUGUUUGGAUCCUCGAUCAGGGUGCUGUGCUUGCUACUGGGAAUGUGAUUGAGAAGAAUACGAUUAGCACUUUGUCGAACCCGGUGGACCCAGCAGACGUUGAUAUUGAGGUUGACUCAGUUGGGAAGGGAAAUGUGGUGAAGAAGAAUAAUGUCUGCGUGACGUCGUUUCCUGCUGGACUAUGCAAGUGAAGUAUGGAGGACAUGUAUUACAGGCGAGCAGAGUGGUGGCCGGGUGGGGUUGUUUCUCUUCUAACUUGCAUUAACAAAAGGCUAUGUAGUCAGAUAAGCCAUUAAUUGAUCAAACAAAUUGGUUCUCGG